AUGCGUAUUCCAACAAGUAUAUUUUUUAAAAAACUUUUUGGUUUCAUCGAGUUAAGAACAGGUGUAAUCUUAAUUACAGUAUUCGCUUUGCUGAACAAAAUAUCAGGAUUCUUUGGAAUUCCAACAAUAUUUUAUGGAGGUGGAUUCAUCUCUAUAAUUUCAUAUUUAUACUCUAUAAUAAUUACAUUUGUUAUUCUUUAUUGUCUACUUAAUGGAAUUCUAAAGGAAAAUCCAACAGUAAUACAACUAUAUUCAAAGAUUUAUUGGACAGAUUUAAUUAUUAAUAUAAUAUUCACUAUAACAUUUGGUAUCUCAUGGUUUUAUACUAUUAAUCAUUCACCCUCAAAAAUAACGUCAUCUUUCAAUAAUGACAACACAACUACUACAAGUAGUGAAGAUGGUGAUGAGCUAUUACCCAUUAAAAAAACAUUAUCAUGGAAAAAAGAAUCUAUAAUAUCAGUAACAUGUUUAGUCAUUGUGUCAAUCAUUCAUGUAUAUUUUGCAUUAUUGGUUCAAUCUUAUUCACGUUUUGUAUCAAAAAAAUCACAAGAAAAUUUAUAUAAUUCUAGAAAAACAACAUCUGGCACUGCAUUAUUGAACUCCGAAGAUACUAAUACUUCCAAUAGCAAUAGUAUUAAUGUUAAUGUAUUCAGAAGAGUAACAGUUGAAGACUAUGAUGAAGAAUCACAUGCAGACUUUUAA